AUGAGCCAUAAACACGAGCUGGAAUCGGACCCAGCUAUUUUAUCGACGUCGAUAGCGCGCUCUAUAAAACUCAACCCUCCCGUUCUCAUUUCAAUAACCCUCGGCAUAAUUCUCUAUCAGCAUAAUAGAUGGCGCUGCUGCCGCCCGAAUUCCCGCUCGGACACACACUACACAACCCUUCCCCCCUUCUCCCCUCCCACCUCCUCACACUCCAAAUCGCUAAUUAUUUAUUGCGCUUCGUUGCUUUUGUUUCAGCAACGCCAAUCGUGUUUGAGCAAGCCUCUAAUACCAGUUUUAAUAGAGGAUGGUUCUAA